GAUAUGCAAAGGCACUUUAUCAGCCAACUCUAAAAGACAUUCAACGUUACGAGCAUAUUUUAUUUGGAAAUAAACGAUUUAUCGUUUAGUGAAUGCGUCUUGGUCUUGCGAAUCGGUGUUGCGAAUCGGUCUCGCGCGUGGACCACGGCCCACGAGCUUCAGGAUGACAAAACCUCAUUCAUUAGUAAUCGAGUCGCUAUUUGAAGAGGUGAGUCCACGAUAAGGCUCGGAAGCGCACGAUCUUAAAUCGAGCCCCCACCCUCUCAGAAUUUCCACGUCGUGCGACUCGUGCCCGCUCGCAUCCACACAGCAGCACAUGGUUACCAUCAAGCCCAUAAAUCAGGCGGUGCAAUAGUCGGAAUUGAGCACACAUGCACAUCAGACCGGGGUUGGCUGCUGUUGCAGCAGAGGACGCGAGAGAUGCGCAGAUCAGUGCUUUAAAAGGGGGAGGGAUGGACGGCUCGAGAUGAAACCAAAAAGCCUGUAUGGUGAUCAAUAUCUGAGCGUUUUGUUGCAUAUCGCCGCAGUACUUUACAGGUGUAUACUCGAGUAUUCUCAUACGGAUUGACUAAAACGGAGCCACAUGUCACAUGUGCUUCAUAGGAAGAGACGGGGCAUCAUCUGCUGCAAGCCGGAUCUGGAGGAGGAUGCUGCGGCAAGUGAUACACAGAGGGUUGAAAUCUUCUUUCUACUGGCUGGGUUUGUUCGUGAGCAGGCAUCCGGUUUUCUUUCUCACCGUCCCCGCGGUGCUGACCAUCAUCUUCGGGUCUACGGUGCUCAGCAGGUUUAAACCCGAAACCGACCUGGAGAUCCUGGUGGCCCCGACGCACAGCCUGGCGAAGAUCGAGCGGAGUCUCGCCAACAGCCUUUUCCCCGUCGAUCAGUCCAAACACAAGCUGUACUCGGACCUGCACACCCCCGGCAGAUAUGGCAGGCUCAUACUGCUGGACAGAUCCGGGGGAAACAUCCUGGAGCUCGCCGAGCAGGUGCUCCGGGUGCACAAGAGAGUCCUGGAUAUGCGCGUCAAUUACAAAGGCUUCAAUUACACUUUCGCGCAUCUCUGCGUCCUGAGCCACCGGGACAAGAGAUGCUUGCUGGAUGAUAUCAUCACCAUAUUUGAAGACAUUCGGUUGGCUGUUCUUUCCAAUAGCACUUUUGCCAAGGUCCCUGUGAGCUAUCCUAAUACGACGUUAAAGGAUGGUCGAGUGUCCUUCAUUGGCCAUCAGCUGGGUGGCGUGGCCUUGUCGGCGAACAGCCGUGACCAACAGGUCAAAUUCGCCCGCGCCAUCCAGAUCACGUACUACCUCCGGAACCUCGGCCCAGUCGUACAGGACAUCAUUGCCGAGAGGUGGGAAAGGGAAUUCUGUAAGCUGGUGCACCAGCUGGCUACGGACAGCCAUGAGCUACACAUUCAGUCUCUCACAUCCUUCAGCUUGUGGCGGGAUUUUCACAAGACGGGAGUGCUGGCCAAGAGCGAGGUUUUGGUCAGCUUGGUUCUGGUCCUCCUGGCUGCGACCAUCUCUAGCUCCAUGCGGGACUGCUUGCGAGGGAAGCCCUUCUUGGGUCUGUUGGGCGUCCUCACCAUCUGCAUCGCCAACGUGACGGCAGCUGGGAUUUUCUUCAUUUCGGAUGGGAAGUUUAACUCUACGCUGCUUGGGAUACCCUUUUUCGCCAUGGGACAUGGAACCAAGGGGGUUUUUGAACUUCUGGCCGGCUGGAGAAGAACCAGAGAGAGUUUGCCCUUCAAAGAGAGAGUGGCGGAUGCUUUUGCCGACGUGAUGGUGUGUUACACCAUGACCAGCUCCCUCUAUAUCAUCACAUUCGGCAUGGGCGCCAGUCCGUUCACCAAUAUCGAAUCCGUGAAGGUCUUCUGCCAGAGCAUGUGCGUAGCUGUCCUGGUGAACUACUUCUAUGUCUUCUCCUUUUACGGUUCCUGUUUGGUAUUUGCUGGGCAGUUGGAGCAGAACCGCUAUCAUAGUGUAUUCUGCUGCAAGAUCCCCUCCGUGGAGUACCUCGACCGUCAGCCCACCUGGUUUAAAACCAUGAUGAGCGACGGUCACGACCUCUCCACGCACCACGACAGCGUCCCGUACCAGAACCACUUCAUUCAGCACUUCCUGAGGGAGCAUUACACAGAAUGGAUUACCAACACUUACGUCAAGCCUUUUGUUGUUAUCCUCUACCUGAUUUAUGCCUCUUUUUCUUUUAUGGGUUGUUUACAGAUCAGCGAUGGAUCCAACAUUAUUAACCUGCUAGCUAGUAACUCGCCCAGCGUCUCGUUUGCGUUGACCCAACAAAAGUACUUCAGCAACUACAGUCCGGUCAUUGGCUUUUACAUCUACGAACCCAUCGAGUAUUGGAACUCCACCGUGCAGGAGCACCUGAAGACGUUAGGCCAGGGUUUUAAUAAGAUUUCAUGGAUCGAUAACUACUUUCACUAUCUAAAGGUCGUCAAUGUCAGCGCAUCAACCAAAAGCGAUUUUAUUAACAUCCUCAAGACUUCGUUUCUCCGAAGCCCCGAGUAUAAACACUUUGUGGACGACAUCAUUUUUUCCAAAAACGGAGAUGAGUAUGACAUCAUCGCGUCCAAGAUGUACUUGGUCGCCAGGACGACCGAAAAGACCAGGGAGGAGGUCGUGGAGCUGCUAGAAAGACUUCGACCACUUUCCCUCAUAAACAGCAUUAAGUUUAUCGUUUUCAACCCGACCUUUGUGUUCAUGGACCGCUACAGUUCCUCCAUCGUCUCCCCCAUCCUCACGUCAGGUUUCAGUGUGUUGACCAUCCUCAUCCUCACCUUUUUCCUGGUCAUCAACCCGCUGGGAAACUUCUGGUUGAUCUUGACCGUCACUUCUGUGGAGCUGGGCGUCUUGGGUCUCAUGACGCUCUGGAAUGUAGACAUGGACAGCAUCUCUAUUCUGUGCCUUAUUUAUACUCUCAACUUUGCCAUGGAUCACUGUGCCCCCCAUCUGUACACAUUCGUACUUGCCACUGAGCACACAAGGACUCAGUGCAUAAAAAUUUCAUUGGAGGAACACGGGGCGGCCAUUUUGCAGAACACCUCGUGUUUUGUGAUCGGGAUAAUGCCCCUUCUUUUCGUGCCUUCUAACCUGACCUAUACGCUGUUCAAAUGCUCCCUGCUCACGGCCGGAUGCACAGUGCUGCACUGUUUCGUCAUCCUGCCCGUGUUUUUGACGUUUUUUCCGCCCUCGAAAAAACGGCACAAGAAAAAGAAACGAGCCAAAAGGAAAGAGCGGGAAAGAGAGAGGGAGAGAGAGGAAAUUGAGUGCAUCGAAGUCAGGGAAAAUCCUGACCAUGUGACCAACGUUUGAAAGGCACGUGCGAGUGCAGGUACAAACAGAGCAGGUCCUGUCCACAAGGGGGCGAUGCCACGCAGCAUAGGUCAAGAAGUGACCAAGUUGUGGCGUUCGCUCUCUCUCUCUCUCUCUCUCUCUCUCUCUCUCUCUUUCUCUCUCUGCUGGGGUGGCACUCACGACCCCAGUGAUCAACAGCAGAGUAAAAACAACCCCACACAUCUUGUGCACCCUUCAUCCAGAACAGUGUAUAACAUCUGCAGCUGCUAGCUUAUGUCGGCCAUUCAUUUGACAGGCUCAAGAAGGUUGUUUAGAUAAAACUAGAUGAGCUAAGACUUACUAUCGAAGGCAUAAAAUGUUUCACUCCAAAAAUUCCAGCAUGAAUCCAAGUAGAGAUCGAACUAAACCUUAUUUCUAGA